GUCCUUUCGAGGGAUUCGAGAGAACACAACCGGUGAAAAAAUUCGUUGAAGACGAAUUUCAUUAACAAACAGGAGCUCUUUGAUCAGCUUUGGAUACGUCCGUUGUGGAAGAAUGAAGUUUAUUGUCGCUGUUACUUGCCUAUUGGCCGCUACCACGGCCGUUCGCGGUCUCGAUCAAGAUGCCGUGAUAGCUAAGUACAUGGAAUACUUGAUGCCGAACGUGCAACCAUGCGCUGAUGAGUUUCAUAUGACAGAAGAUCAAGCUAAAAACAUUCAGCAAGCCGCAGAUGGAAUGGACUUGAAACAAUUGGGCUGCUUGAAAGGCUGUGUGAUGAAGCGAAUGGGAAUGCUGACAGGCAACAAUGAGUUCCAUCUGGAACCCGUCUACACGAUGAUAGAAUCAGUGCAUGCUGGUAACGAUGCUGAGAUCCAAGACGUGAAGAAAAUUGCGGAAGAAUGCAUUACAAGCAUUCAAGGAGAACCUGACGAGUGCAACAUCGGCACCAUCUACAGUGAUUGCUAUAUCCAGAAGCUUUUCAACUAGGCAAGUUAAAGAUCGCUCGUUGAAGGCUGUAAACUUAUAAUUGUUCGAAACUUAUAAUCAAUGUACCACGUUCAAUAAAAUGAUAUGAGAAUAUAAAUAA